AUGUACAGGUGUGGCUUACAUACAGAGACGAGUGAGUUCCCACGUGUUGGAACAGAGAAGGUUUGUGCCUCCGCCUCAACAGCGCCUUCUGCUGGUCACAGUGUUUCUGCAACAGACACCAUCAGGACAGACACCAUCAAGACUGACACCAUCAGGACAGACACCAUCAAGACUGACACCAUCAAAACUGACACCAUCAAGACAGACACCAUCAAGACUGACACCAUCAAGACAGACACCAUCAAGGCUGACACCAUCAAGACAGACACCAUCAUCACAGACACCAUCAAGACAGACACCAUCAUCACAGACACCAUCAAGACACACACCAUCAAGACACACACCAUCAAGACUGACACCAUCAAGACAGACACCAUCAGGACAGACACCAUCAAGACUGACACCAUCAAGACUGACACCAUCAAGACAGACACCAUCAAGACAGACACCAUCAAGGCUGACACCAUCAAGACAGACACCAUCAGGACAGACACCAUCAUCACAGACACCAUCAAGACUGACACCAUCAAGACAGACACCAUCAGGACAGACACCAUCAAGACAGACACCAUCAUCACAGACACCAUCAAGACUGACACCAUCAGGACAGACACCAUCAUCACAGACACCAUCAAGACUGACACCAUCAAGACAGACACCAUCAGGACCGACACCAUCAAGACAGACACCAUCAUCACAAACACCAUCAAGACUGACACCAUCAAGACUGACACCAUCAAGACAGACACCAUCAAGACAGACACCAUCAAGACUGACACCAUCAAGACACACGCCAUCAAGGCUGACACCAUCAAGACUGACACCAUCAGGACAGACACCAUCAAGACUGACACCAUCAAGACAGACACCAUCAUCACAGACACCAUCAAGACUGACACCAUCAGGACAGACACCAUCAUCACAGACACCAUCAAGACUGACACCAUCAAGACAGACACCAUCAGGACCGACACCAUCAAGACAGACACCAUCAUCACAAACACCAUCAAGACUGACACCAUCAAGACUGACACCAUCAAGACAGACACCAUCAAGACAGACACCAUCAAGACUGACACCAUCAAGACACACGCCAUCAAGGCUGACACCAUCAAGACUGACACCAUCAGGACAGACACCAUCAAGACUGACACCAUCAAGACAGACACCAUCAUCACAGACACCAUCAAGACUGACACCAUCAAGACACACACCAUCAAGACUGACACCAUCAAGACACACACCAUCAAGACUGACACCAUCAAGACUGACACCAUCAAGACAGACACCAUCAAGACUGACACCAUCAAGACUGACGCCAUCAAGGCUGACACCAUCAAGACACACACCAUCAAGACUGACACCAUCAAGACACACACCAUCAAGACUGACACCAUCAAGACACACACCAUCAAAACAGACACCAUCAAGACAGACACCAUCAAGAUUGACACUAUCAAGACUGACACCAUCAACAGAGUCACCAUCAUGACAGACACCAUCAAGACUGACACCAUCAAGACAGACACCAUCAGGACAGACACCAUCAUCACAGACACCAUCAAGACAGACACCAUCAUCACAGACACCAUCAAGACUGACACCAUCAAGACUGACACCAUCAAGACUGACACCAUCAAGACAUACACCAUCAAGACUGACGCCAUCAAGGCUGACACCAUCAAGACAGACACCAUCAGGACAGACACCAUCAAGACUGACACCAUCAAGACAGACACCAUCAUCACAGACACCAUCAAGACUGACACCAUCAAGACACACACCAUCAAGACUGACACCAUCAAGACACACACCAUCAAAACAGACACCAUCAAGACAGACACCAUCAAGAUUGACACUAUCAAGACUGACACCAUCAACACAGACACCUAG